CGCCUCGCUGAUCAUGUCGCUGCCGCACUUCCUGGGAGGGAAGUACGAGUACACAGACAGCAUUAACUCUUCCGGUGUUAACAGCUCCAGCCUCUGCCAAUCAGAGAGCCCCGUCUCCACCUCCUCGUCCAAUCAGAGCUGCAGCGGGGAGCAGGGCGGGGCCCAGCAGGGGGUCUACCCUCUUCUCCUGAUGGGGCAGCUGCUGCUGGGCAUCGGAGCCGUGCCCAUCCAGCCCUUCGGCAUCUCGUACAUCGACGACCACGCCAGCAGGAAGAACUCCCCGCUGUACCUCGGUACGUCCAGGAAGCACCGCUUCAACUCUGUCCUUUGGUUGUUUUGGGUCUUGGAUCGUUUGUUGUUCUUUUACGACUUUUUGUCCAUUUUCU